UUGAAGGGGCCAAAGUAACUUCCGCUGAAACAGUGUUUAAAAUACAUAUCUCUGAUUUCCUGAAGCAAAACAGUGACUUUGACCCCAUCAAUGAUAAAAUCAAAAUCAAAAUCAAUGGUGAUGGUGCCAGAAUGACAAGAAAUUCAAAUUUUAUUUUACUUUCAUUUUCCAUUCUGCAAACAGAGGAGUCCGUAAUGUCUGCAAAAGGAAACAGAACUCUUGGCAUAGUCAAUGGAACUGAGAGUUACCACACAAUAAAAGAGUCAUUCCAGAGUUUAUUCAAUGAGGUAAAUGACUUGACUGCCAAAGGUAAAAUGAAUGUGGAUGGCCAAGAGAUUCAAACUGAAUUAUAUCUUGGUGGUGAUUAUAAAUUUAUUUUACUGAUGCUUGGACUGAAGGGGGCAACAUCUAAUUAUGCUUGUGCCUGGUGUAAAACACACAAAAAUGAUCGCUGGAGAAUCAACAAUGACUAUACAAGUUAUAACACUCCCCCCUUAGCAAGAACACUGAAAGAAAUGUUUGAAAUGUCUAAAAAAUCCAGAGAUAAUUACUGUUGUGAUAAACAACCUAUACUAAAUAUACCACUGGAUCGUAUAGUGGUAGACGAGCUGCACUUAAUGCUGAGAAUCACAGAUAUUUUGAUUGGAAAUCUAGUGCAGGAGUGCCUUGACUGGGAUAAAGAUGAUGACUUAGACCAUAAAAAGGGGGCAGCAACAGGAUUACACCUAAAAAGCCUUAUUAGGGUAAUCAAAUCUUGUGGUGUUUCUUUUGAUGUGUGGGAACAAAGAAAUGCAGAUGGGAAAGGUAGCGGGAAACAUGACUGGACAAGUCUCCUUGGAAAAGACAAAAAGAUCCUUUUAGCUGACCUUCCCAGUAAGCUACAUAGCAUUCUCCACCCAGAAACAGCAUCAACUGUGGUUGCAGUCUGGACAGAGUUUGCAGAAAUUUACAAAGUUGUCAAUGACUGGAACCCUGAGAAAAACCCCACAGAAUUUUUCAUGAAAGCCAAAGAGUGGAUUUCUCUUUUUGUCAGUCUAAAUGGCAAAAGAGAAGGCUAUGAGAAAGCCAGAGUUACCCCAUACAUGCACAUUAUGGUAGCACACAUUCCCAAGUUCUUUGAGCUCCACCACUCAGUCAAAAUAUUUACAGGGCAAGGAGUUGAAAAGAACAAUGAUGUAGCACGUGCAAUAAUUCUGAGAAAGUCCAACAAGUGGGAUUCUGCAGGAGAUGUUCUGCGACAAGAGCAACGUCAGUGGGAGCUUAAAGAACACGAGCGGGAAGUACGCAAUUACAUGAAGCGCAAGGAGAGCUACUGGGAUGUUGAAAUUAAAGAAAACCGAAAAAAGGCACGAGUAAAUUUAAGUCAAGAUCCUCUCCAGCAAUCUAUUGAAGCUCAAAAUGAACAUCCCCUCCCUGAGUCCACUACCACUGACACUAGCUGUUCUCAUAUGACAGUGAAGCAAUUGAAAGAAGAAUUAAAGAAGAGAAAUGCGAGAGGAUUCAGCAACAAAACCAAGGCUGAACUAAUUAAACAACUGGAGGAAAUUUGUCAAUGA